GGGCGUGGCUUGAAGAAAGGGGUCAAGGAAGGAUGUAAAAGGCUGUGAGGGGGGAGAUUUUUGGCAGAUUUUUGGAGACACACUUCUGAUCAACACCAGCCUUUUUCUCUGAGUACCAACCCAUUCCAACAGUGAGACCAAACAAAGAUGCAGGUCUUGGCAGCGUUGUGCUUCCUUGUCGUGGCACACCUGCCCCCCCUGAGGGGGGAGGUAGUAGAAAGCUUCCACAGAGGCCCGCACUGCCUGGACUUCUUCUACAAGGGCAUGGUGCCCAAGUGGAACGUGCCCAAGCGUCACACCGUCUGUUUGUGUCAGCGCUUCAACAACCGCUACCACUUCGCCACGCUGUACAACACGCUCCACCGCAUCGCCGUCUACUCCGCCUACCGCUUUCAGACCGGCGGCGGCGGUGGUCGCGAGAAGUACUGGUAUAUAGAGCCACAGCUUGUGGACAGGAGCUGGAAUAAAGACAUGGAGGUCGAGGAGGACCUCGCAAUCAACCACAUGGGAGUGUACUUCGGUCAGAGUCAGGCUCUCAAUGAGGACUACAUAAACACUACCUAUGACCGUGGGCACCUCAAUCCAAAUGGACACCACACAGGGGACAGUCGUAAUGCCACGUUUACACUCACCAACGUGGUGCCACAGAACCGCAAGCUGAACAAUGGUAGCUGGAGCAAGUAUGAGACGGAUCUGCAAAUAAACCUCACAAGGUGCUCGAAGGCCUACGUGCUGGUGGGCGCCAUCCCUUCCAAUAACAACUGGAUCAUCAAGAACAACAACCCUCGGGUCAACAUCCCCGACUACAUCUGGAACGCCUACUGUUGCCUGGACAAGAAAGGCUGGCCCAUCCGUAGCGGGGGGGCCAUAGCUAACAACACGGACCAGACCAGUGUUAAGAGCUGCACUCUCUCAGAGCUGAAAACGCUCCUGAAACAGUACACCAAAUCAAAAGUGUUGGUGCUCUUUCGCAACAAGUGUGGAGCUUAGAGGAAUAUUGUAUGUUAGAGAACUGUAGUCAGACACACCCCACAGGGCAUAUUUCCCUCUUUAUAUGUUUCUGUGCCAGUUAACAUAUGAGAGUCAUUUACUUCCCUGUAAUUCCCAUUGCCCAUAAGCUUAUUAUCUAAUACAUGCACCAAAACUCACCUAUUUGCA